AUGGCGGCAUCUUCCACUACCUGCAUGAGAGGACUUCGCAGUUGGACUGCGAAGGUUGGUGGCCGCAAGAGAGCAAGGGGUGGAGGGUCCGUGGAAGCAUCCUCCACGUUCAGAUGCGGUGGCUUUGCUACAGGAACUGUUAUAAAUCACGGUUUUAUGGAUGGAAUUGCAUUGCAGGAGUUUGCAAAGAACUACACCAACGUGGCUAGAACAGGAGAUGUGGCUCUCCUCCCUGUAACUGAUUGUACGUUCUUGAAAGCGCGUGUUCCUCUUCAAAUAAAGUACCAGCACGAAGAGUUAGUGAAGCCUUCUCAGCUGGGUAUUGAUUACGCACCUUUCAUGCAAAGAAACAUGGAACUAUUGCGCAAUAAGGUGGCCCUCCACAAUCAAUCAGAGAAGUAUGUUUUUAACCUCUUCUCCUUAUCAGGAGAAACGCUUAGUCUCCUCAAGCUAAAGGCAAAGGAAGGGGGAGUUUGUCAUUGCACAAGUUUCAUUGCAGCAAUGGCGCACCUGUGGCGCACAAGAACUGCUACAAUGGCAAAUAUCAAUGCCAACGAUAUUACCAUAGUUCACUAUGCCGUGGACAUAAAGUCAAGGAUGACACCUCCUCUUCCACGGGAAUAUGUUGGGAAUGCAGUAAAGGCAGCAUAUGCAAAGGCAACAGCCAAAGAAUUACAAGAGCAACCAUUUUCAGUGAUUGUGAAAAAAUUGCAGGAAGCAGGAGAUAGAUUGACUGAUAAUUACAUAAGGUCUACUAUAGACUGGUUUGAAUUACAUGAUGGAGUGAUGCGUUUAGAGAAUGGGUUUUUGGUUACAUCGUGGACUCGCAUGGAAAUUGGAGACGUAGACUUUGGAGGGAAGAUUAAAUCCAUCCAUGCAGGGCCUGUGGUGUCUGGCAGAGUGGAUGUUGUUAUAUUCAUGGCCGAUGCAAAGGAUAAGGCCGACAUAAAAGUUUACAUUGGUUUGAAACCCUCCCACAUGGCUAGAUUUCAAAUUCUUUUACAAAAUGUGGACACCACUACAGCUAUCCGUGUAUAA